AUGGUAACUAACGCUGGUUCGAAGUCAUAUAGUCAAGGGCAGUCUGAAUAUCUGAUGACAUCUCAAAUUCCUCCAUUUUCCGUUGCUAUGCUAAGUCGGCCAAUUAUGGUUUCAGCCUCCAGCAAGUUUGCCUUCUGCGCAAGUUCGACUGGUGUGCUACAGUCACGGGGCUCUCAGGAGGCGUAUUAUGGCUUGUUGAAUGACCCAUGUAGCCGCUUGACUAUAGUACCGGGCAGGUAA